AUGCUUCAAGAAUUAACAGAUUUGGAUUUUGACACAUACUUUGAUGUGGCAUCUUCAAAUCAACAACCGCCUCAACAGCAACCAAAUCCCCGCGAUAUUCUAUAUCAUGGUGAUCAGCAGCAACAACAGCAUCCUCAGCACCAACCUACAUCCAUUAAUGCCUUACUGAAUGACAACAAUGCUCAUAAUAAUAGACAGCUGUAUCCACAAUACAAUCAGCAACAGCAGAGCUUUGACAUUUUUGAUUGGAAUUUGACACCACAACCACAAACCAACACAUCUCCAAUGCAGAUGUCUCCUAUCAGUUCGCCACAGUCAUCAUCAGACGGAUACACAUCAAAUUCAUUGUCUCCACAAAUGAUAAGUAGUCCUCCUCUCUAUGCAUUCAAUCAACAGAUCAAGGAUGAAGCAAGUAGAGCACUUGCUGGUUUCUUUCAAAAGAAGCCCAUGUUUCCAUCUCAUCUACACAACGUACCUGGAAUCAACAUCCCUACAACUCCAAUCACUGAAAAUGGGCCCAGCUUACCAAACUCAACAAAUUUACCAUCACCUCCUCUAGAAGAUAACCCAUUAUCAGGCGCAUUCUCAGCAAUUGAUCAAUGGGGCCAGCUGAAAGAUCCCAAUGGCAUUCACCCAUUAGAUAGCAGUCAGCAUGAAACGAGGCAUUGGAGAAAGACAUCCGCCAGACACCAGCAAUUACAGCAAUCCAUUCCCAAUGCUCUGGAUCCGAGCCGCUCUUUUACUGAACCAGGAAAGCAGCUUAAGAAGGUUGCUCAUAAUGCCAUUGAAAGGCGAUACAGAAACAAUAUCAACGACCGCAUCCGAGAAUUAAAGAACGUCGUACCAGCACUGUACAAGGCUCGCAUCCGAGAAAAAGGAGAUGAAGACGACUCGUCUGAAUCUGGUGGCGAAGAAGGCAGCGAAGAAAUCGUCGAUGGCGUUGAAGUCGCUAAAAAGCUCAACAAAGCAACUAUUUUGCGCAAGGCUACUGAGUAUAUCCAAUUUCUCAAGCAUACAAAUGACUCUACAGAACAAGAAAACCUGAUUCUUCAGCAAAUCAUUGCUCAAAUGCCUGGUGGAAAUGAUGUCCUCACUCGCUUCUUGUGCCAAAAGAAUGAAUUUGAGAAAUCAGAACAAGAACGUAUGGCUCAAGAACGACGAGAAGCCCAAGAACGUGAAAAGACUGAGCGACAACGCAUCCUGCGUGAGCGUGCUGCUCAAAGAGCUGCUUUAGCACAGCUAUUACCGAAGCCCGAAAGAAGACCCUAUCGUCGUAGACAAUCAUCCAAGAAUAGCAAGUCUGCCUCCAAGAAAGUAUCGCCGAGUGAAGACGGCAAUGGCAACAAGAUGUUUAUGGCCGCCUUUAUGUGCAUCGCCUUCUUUGCCUCUUCUCCCACGACAUCAAGCUCAUCGCCUUCCUCUCACCAUUAUAAUGUGCAUGACAAUAACCAAAGUAUUGCCACCGCCAAUUCCCGGUCUUUGCAUUCAGCAGCGUCUGUCUCGGCUGAUUAUUGGAAAAUUAUCCGCUAUAUGUUUUAUACCUUUGGUAUCAUCUACAUCUGUCUCAUUCCACUCCUUCUCAGAUGGCUGCGUCCCCGCCCUAUCAACAGACCCAAAAAAUGUCUAGAUCACCAUCACUAUGCCAAUGAGGUGCCCACCGCUUGGAGCCGACUUUACACAAACCUCAUUUCCAUUGUCAAUAAAUCGUCCAUUGUCAAGCGCAAUACAAACAAUGCUACUCCUAUAGACAUUCUGACGUCUAUUUACGACAUCAUUCGCUACAGUCUCUCCUUGCUUGUACCCCGCUUCUUGCUGGCUAUCUUCCAUAAACAUGCCAAGCCUGUUGGCUGCCCUGAAGAAUUGGCUUACAUUGGUGCCUGGAUUCGCUUGAAUGAAGUUGAAUGUCUUGGUGCAAAUCCUGAUAUUACCAGACUCGGUAUGUUGCAUUCUUGUGUUGGUAUGCUUGCUCAAUUACACAAAAUGAAACGUGAUGAGAAGCAUAUCAUCUACUGUGAAGCUAAUACCAUGGCCCGAGUGUACGCGACUACUGCUAUGCAACUUGAACUCUGCUUACCCAAAAGCGUCUCCUCCUACAUUACUCCCUUUUGCUGGAAGCGUGUGAUCACUGCCAUUAAAGACCAAAAGCAAGUUGUGGAGUCAGAUAACCAACAACAACAAGUCAUCACGCAUCAAUGGCUCAGUUCUAAUUGCCUUCAACAAGUUUUACAGAUCCUUAAGGUUCGAAACGGAUUCAUAAGCUCCAGUAACACGAAUGAAGCAAAUUGCAGAAAUAUCUUUUACUCAUUCGUGCUCCCUUAUGUUACUUCUCCUUUGGAUUUGGUUCUCUACUGGCAGCAACUAGGUAACCUUCAAGAUUCCUGGUAUUCUUAUUUAAAUGGCACAAGGCCAAUAUUCUCCGAGAAGCAACUUACUCAAGUACUCUCUGUUUCUGCUACAACCACUGCCCCUGGUCAUAUGCUGCAAUGGUGGGUUCGUGUUGGUUUAGCUCUUGAAUCAUUAAGCCAUAGCAAUCAGCAAGAACAUCUGGAUGCUCUUGCCGAAUACACCCGAGCCAAGGUUCCUGCAGUCAGCCAUCCUUCUUCCAACCUUUUGCGUCGCCAUCAAACAAUGAUCUAUCACUUGCUGGAGGCCGCUACUGCCUUGCAGACCAAUGUCAAUACCGAUAAAGUCCCUCACUAUCUUCAAAAGGCGUCUAAGGAUCGUCGUGCCUCUCGCGAAUGCAUUGAACAAAUUGCAUCUACCUCAUCUUUCUCUUCAAGCGAGAACUACGAAGCCAGUGUCCUUAUUCUCUCUACUCUAUCAGUCCAUCUGAGAACACUCAAGGCUUUGGUCAUUCAUCAACAAACCACAUCUACAAAGGCUAUCGCUGCUCAAGAUAAAGGCAAGACAUUGCUUGCAAGUCAGGCUUCCAUCUACAUUGCUGAGCUCCGCGACCAAAUCAUGUACGAUUUGGAAUCACCUUAUACAAGAUCAUUAUCAGCCAAAUGUAAAAAGCACAUCCAAUCUUACAUCGCUCAAGCUGAUGAUACCCUUAGCCUUUAA